AUGGCACUUCGCUUGCAACCAGCGAGUUCGCCGCCGGAUUCCGAUCAAUACGGAUCUCGAGUCUUACCUAACGCUCUCGUUUACGCGAACUUUGCUAUCUCGACUUCGGUGUAUUUUAACCGAACCUGCUUUCAUGCAUCGCCUUUAAAUUGCGAUUGGUUGCAUCAUUAUCGUCAACCGAACCGGAAGGCGCCAGUACAGGGUACAUUGCCAAAUCGGCACCGCUUAUCAAGUUGUGGUGUGUACCACAUUCACUUUCCAGCAGAAAUGUGGGAAAAAGUAUGCGUGGAUGGGCAAAAAAAAUUAAAAGCCAAUACCAUUCCAACAAUAUUUAAUGACAUUCCAACUGUAGAAAGGAAUGCACAGGUUAUGCAUGACAAAAAUACAGCACAAUCCACAAAUGAUGUUGAGGUUUUUUCUAUAUCUUUAUCAAAAGAACUCACAGACAUCAAUACAAAUUCAUGUCAAUGGUCAGAUGAAACCAUUAAAAAAGCAUUACGAUUAAAACAAACAUGUGGGAAUAAUGGAUAUAAGGAAUUAUUAUCUCAAUCUAUUCCUUUGCCUUCAACGCGUACUCUGCGCAGACGCUUGGAAUGCAUUAAUUUUUAA